AUGGCUGAAAAAUCUAAUGAAAGUGACGAUAAAACGAUCGUUGCAAAUGAAAAUAAUUUAAACAAAGAUCCUUCAUUUAUUUCCUUGGAAGAUCAGAAUAUUGAUCGUUCUAUUGAAAAAAAAUUAUUACGGAAACUUGAUAUGAGAAUUAUACCUUUAUUCACAUUGACAUAUCUCUUUAAUACUAUGGAAAAAGUUAAUAUUGGCAAUGCCAAAAUCGCAGGUUUAACUGUCGAUACUGGUAUCAGUGAACCAGAUUAUAAUAAUGCUUUAUCAUUAUUCUAUAUUGGAAUUAUACUAUUCGAUGUUCCUUCAUGCUUUGUUAAUAAGAAAAUAGGAAUUAAUAUUUGGUAUCCAAUAAUAAUGGUUGGAUGGGCUUUAUGUUCCUUAUUACAAGCAUUCGUUACUAACGCUGGUCAACUUCAGGCUCUAAGAUUUCUCCUGGGUGUUUUUGAGAGCGGGGCACCACCUAUCCAACUUUAUUAUUAUACAGUUUGGUAUACUCCUAACGAACUUAGUGUAAGAGCUGCUAUUGGUUUUGCUUGUUCAAUAAUUUCAGGUGCUUUCGAAGGAUUACCUCCAUUUAUCUUGGCAGUAAUAUUUUAUUUUGUCAUACCUCAAGAUCCGAACCAUGCCAAGUUUUUAACAAAAGAAGAAGUUUCCGUGGCAUAUAAAAGAUUGCAAAUCCAAGCCGCACCAAAGAAACUACCAAGUGAUUUAAUAAAGAAACAAGUUUUUAGUGCUUUUACUGAUUAUAAGAUUUACUUAUUUGCAAUCGUUGCACUUGCUAAUGGACUGCUUUUCAAUUCAGUUCUACUUUUUACUCCAACAAUUAUAAAUGAAAUGGGAUUUGAUUCAAUCAAAUCUCAAGCAUUAUCAGCUCCACCGUUUGUUCUUGCCGCUAUUGCUUUGUCUUUUAAUACUUGGCUAAGUAAUCGAAAUAAUGACCGUGGAUUUCAUAUUAUAGGACCAGAUUUAAUUGCAGCUAUAGUUUUUGUUUCUUGGAUGGCAACUAAUAUUGCCGGACAGUAUAAAAGGGCAGUUGGAUUGGCAAUAAUUUCAACAGUAGGAGAAGUUGGUGGAGUCAUAGCAGGCCAAAUUUAUAGACCAGAUAGUGUUUUACGUGGUCAUGUCAUAAUGAUCGCAUUCCUUUGUCUUCAUAUAAUUCUUGUCUCGUCAGUAAAAUUCAUCCUCACUAAAUUUAAUAAGAAAAAAGAUUUACUCCAAAAAAUUAAUAAUAACAACAAUGAUAAUAAAGACGAAAAUUUUGAAGAAAAAUAUAAUGAAGAAUUACUUGAUAAUCAUCCUAAUUGGAGAUACCUCACCUAA